CUUCUUUGAAUCUUUCCUUCUUUCCCUCUUCUCCCCCUUCUCUUUGUGACUCUCCCCCUGCGCAAUCUUCAGGCUGCACAUUCUUUGCAAAAAAUGGAGGCAGUAGCGCAGCGACGACCUGUGAGCAACACGCUCAAGGUCGGCAUCAAGAUGGAGGGUGCCAAUCCGCUCAUGUACGAGCUGGACACGACACUGCCGCUGGCGGUGCUGGUUCGCGAAGUGUGCGAGCGGUUCCAAGUCGCGCACGCCGUCCAGUCCGACUUUUGCCUCUACUGCGAGGACACUGACCAGUUUCUGACAUCGGAUGCGACCAUUCGUGAACUUCGCGAUGGCAACGUGCUCGAGCUUCGCCAAACACCAGAAAUUGCAGCCUCGAAGCUCAUCUCCAGCCUCCGCGGGUCCGAGGAGGACGUCAAGAAGGCCUUUGUUGGUCUACGCAACCAGAUCAAGAAUACGACCUUUGCCAACAUUUUCAUUGCCAAGGGUGGUCUUCCACUGAUUGUCAAGCAUGUUCAAGAGUCCACCGCUCCCUCCACGCUUGGGUUUGCGCUUCAGAUGCUUCAAGAGCUUGUCGAUCGCGGCACAACCGGCUGGGAAGGCUUGUCCGACUCGUUUGUUCAAAAGAUUUGCGGAUACACCGAGCACCAAAAUCUCAACGUCAAAAAGCGUGCGCUUGCCAUCGCCGAUCGUUUUGUUAGCAGCCCCGCCUACGGCUAUGGCCGCGUUGCGCCGCACUUGCGCUGCGAAUCCAUGAUCACCAUGAUGGAUGGCUCGUCCGAUCUCGACAUCCAGUCCAACACCAUCAGCUUGUUUAACACUCUGCUCUUGAACGCUGGCUCCCACCAGCCCGAAUUCCUCCAAAAGAUUCUUUCGUUAAACAUUCGCAAGGCACUGUUGAAUGUUGCUCGCAAGAGUGGAGGUGUCAAUGACGAGUUGGCGCAUCAGCUCUACGUGUUCCAGUCGGUUUGGUUUAACUCGCUGGCUCAGCGCAUCCAAGCCGUAUUUAACCGUUCCAGCAGCGCCCAUAAUGAUAUGCUUAAUGAGUUGCAAGCGCGCGGAGCGGACGCGGAGCCCUCAUCGCCUCUUCCGAGCGGUGCGCGCAAGCCGAACGACUCCAAUGCCCGCCUUGGAUUUGAUGAUGAAACCACUCGCGCUCUGUCAAGCCCCUACGGUCUUUUGGCUCUGGAGUGCAUGGCCUACUUUUCACGAAAACAUACCGAAAUCUACCAAAGGAUCAUCAUUGAACAAGCAAGCCGCGGCCAAGCGCAAUGCCCAUUCGCCAAGACCACCCUUCACAUUGUCAAGCUUAUUGCAGAGAUCAUGCAAAUUGGCACACCCCCUUCCGAACACAGCCUCGAGUUUUACAUCGUGGUCUUCUCAACCGACCACCCCAUGGAGGAACUUGUCGGUGCGUGCGUUCAAUUAUUUGUUCGCACGUGGAAGGAGAUGGACGCAUCCUCGGCAGACUUUGAUAAGGUGUUGAAAGUCGUUCGCAAGCAAAUCACAACGGUUUUGGCGAACAAGCAGGAGUCCCAACCUCAGUCGGUCGAAACAUUCAAGACUGCGACAUUUGGUGUCUCGUACAAGACAAUUCUUGCUCAGCAAGAAACCGAAAUGCAAGAGAAGGAGUCUGUCCAUCACCAAGCCGAGCCCGUGCGACAACUGCGCGAGCGCAUCCAAACGGACAUCGUCCAGCUGGUCAAGAAGCAUCGAUUGUCUCUCCUCGUGGAGGGCGCCUUCUUCCCAAAAUACACCCAAAAAGGCCGCAUGAAGGGUGUUGCGUGGUUUUGCCGGCUUUCCAACAACCACAAAGUGAUUCAUUACGGAGAUGCGCCCGAAGGCAGAGUGCCUUCCUUGGAGUCGCUCCCUGGCCGUGUCAACAUGUCCGAUGUGAAGGCGCUCGUGAUGGGUCGUGACUCGCCCCUGAUGACAAAGAUGAAGAAGACAGAUGAGGAGACGGCCUCGCUCGCCUUCUCCCUUCUGCUCGAGAGCUCGGAAGAGGGCUUGGAUUUCGUCGCCCCGAAUCUGACCGUCGCAAACAAUUGGAUUGACGGCCUCAAGAUUCUUCUCAAACAAAACCCCAGCAGCACUGGGUUUGCCUCGGAUGUCGAGUCUCUGCUCAGCAUGGAAAUGAAGUUACGUUUGCUGCACGUCGAAAAUGUGCAAAUUCCUGCCACUGCGCCUCCAGUGCCGCCACCACCAGCCAAUCUUAACUUUGCGUUCUGAAAGAAAGCGGGUUUCUAUCUCCGCUUCUUCUUGUCUUUCUUUUCUUUUGAAAAGCCAUCUUCGGGCAGUUUCAAGCAUUUUGACGGGCAUUUGUUUUGUGUUUAUGUUUGUGGUGUUGACUUGUGCAGGUUGUCAUUCCCAAUGAACAAAUCUCGCAGCAAUUGUCCCUCGAGUGAGCCAUUUUCCUCGACUUUCUACGUG